CUGCAAUGUUCCAACUCCAACUCCAUCUUCUCCAGCAAUGGUUCAACCUCCUGAAGACCCCGUCCUCAUAAUCGGCGCCGGCCUCUCCGGCCUCGUCGCAGCCUACGAACUAACAAAAGCCAACAAACGCAUAAUAAUCCUCGACCAAGAACACCGCGCAAACCUCGGCGGCCAAGCCUUCUGGUCCCUAGGAGGUCUCUUCUGCGUAAACUCCAAAGCCCAGCGAAAACAAGGCAUCAAAGAUUCCCGCGAAUUGGCUCUCGCCGAUUGGUUAAACACCGCAGGUUUCGAUCGUGAAGAUAAAGAAGAUUUCUGGCCGAAACAAUGGGCGAAGGCUUUUGUGGAUUUUGCGACUGAUGAGUUGGAGGAUUAUGUGAGGAAACUGGGGUUGAGUUUUUUGGCUGUGGGGUGGGCGGAGAGGGGGGCGGGGAGUUCGCAAGGGCAUGGGAAUAGUGUUCCGAGGUUUCAUUUGACUUGGGGGACGGGGCCGGAGGUUGUGAGGAUUUUUGCGAAAGAGGUUUUGAAGGCGAAGAAGAAGGGGUUGGUGGAGUUUAGGUAUAGGAAUAUGGUUGAGGAGAUUAUUGUGGAGGAUGGGGUUGCGAAGGGUGUGAGGGGAAAGGUUUUGGAGCCUUGUGAUCAUGUUGAGAGAGGAGCGGAGACUUCGAGGAUUGUUGUGGAUGACUUUGAAGUCAGGGGACGAGCUGUGGUUAUUGCUACUGGGGGGAUUGGAGGGAAUGUUGAGGAAGUGAAGAAGAAUUGGCCGAUGGAUCGACUGGGACCGAAAGCGCCUGAGAGUGUUGUCGUGGGUGUUCCUGCUCAUGUGGAUGGAAAGAUGGUCAAGAUUGCAGGGACCCAAGGAGCCAGCGUGAUCAACAUGGAUCGGAUGUGGCAUUAUACUGAGGGACUCCAGAACUGGAACUCAAUCUGGCCACUUCACGGCAUUCGCAUCAUCCCCGGACCUUCCUCGCUGUGGUUCGACGCGAACGGCAAGCGCAUGCCUCCUUUGCUCUUUCCCGGAAGCGACACUCUCGCAACUCUGAAACACAUCUGCAGUACCGGACACGACUAUUCCUUCUUCAUCCUGGAUAGGUCCAUCAUCGCUCGUGAAUUUGCUCUGUCAGGUUCGGAACAGAACGAGGACAUCACCAGCAAAAGCUAUUGGCGCACAGCAUACAGAUACUUCACCACUUUAGGUACCAAAGAAGUCCAAGCCUUUCAAAAGAACGGCAAAGACUUCGUCGUAGCAAACGACUUGGAAUCUCUGGUCGAUGGAAUGAACAGGCUUGCGAAAGAACGCAAUGGCCCUGUGCUAGAUUACGCGGACAUCAAACGCCAGGUUGAACUCCGAGAUAUGCAGCUGGACAAUCAGUAUACGAAGGACGCCCAAAUCAUGAUGAUAAAUAAUGCUCGAAAGACAAUGGCCGAUAGUCUUCGUAUCGCUCCGCAGCACAAGAUCUUGAACAACAAAUCUGCUGGGCCUCUGAUCGCUGUAAGGCUGAAUAUCCUGACUCGUAAGAGUCUGGGAGGAUUGGAGACAAAUUUGCAAGGUCAGGUCCUUCGGUCAGAUGGAAAAGUCUUCGAAGGCCUCUACGCAACUGGAGAGGCUGCAGGAUUCGGUGGUGGUGGUGUUCACGGAUAUUCGGCAUUGGAGGGCACGUUUCUUGGUGGCUGCAUUUUCACGGGCAAAGUUGUGGGUGAAGACUUGGUGAAACGUGCUCCUCCAAAUUCUGCCGAUAGGAGGAAUGGAGCAAGACUGUAGCAUACCCGAUGACAUGUUCCCAAUGUAGGAUAAUGUUCGUAUAUGAGGAGGCUCGAGUCAGUUCACAACAAACAAAUAACCCAAG